AUGAAGGUACCAAGAGGUUAUACAUUAAUAAUUGCAGUAUAUGAUGCAGCAGACGGGCGAGAAGAUGUUUCUGAAAAAUUUCACGACAUUUUGGGAAGAACCCUACAUAGGAUAAACAAAAAUUAUUAUCUGACAAUAGCAACAGACAUAAGCGGAAGGGUGCAUGAUACCUCCAUGGCAAAUGUUAUUGUUUCUGAAAGGAAAAGUGUCAUAAAUGAUAAUGGAUAUAGAAUGAAGAAGUUCUCAUUAAAUAAUGAGUUAAGAAUAUCAUACGCUUUCUUCAUGCAUGAACAGAUUCACAAAUACACCUGGAAGAUUUGGCCUCUAGUGCAAGACGCAAGAGCAUUCAGAGGUCCAGAUGCCUCCUCAGAUCAUUUCUUGCAAGUACCGCAAAGAAAAGAACUUAAAAGAUGGAGGAAUACUUCUAAACAGAGACAAAAUAAUGCUGAUACAACAAUUAAAGAACAUUUACUGCGGGAAAAGAGCACUCGGGUCGAAAAGGCUUGA